GCACGCAUCCAGACCCAGUGGAGUGUGACAGGAGAGGAUGCAGCCUGUAACCAGCCGUCACCCCCAAGCCUGACAGCCGCCACAGUCGCUAAGACCAAGUUUCCGAGCAGCCGGGGGGCGGGCAAGCAGGUAGGGGUCUCUGUGGAGGUGCAGUGUCCCGUGAGCCAGCUCUGACUCUAGAUGAGGGGCAGGCGUCCUACCUCCAGCCUUUUGAGCAACGGGAGGACAAAGUCGAGCUCCAAAUGACCGAGCCUGCCUUGGACACCAUCAGCACAAAGAGGGACCGGCAAGUGACUAAAGAGGCAACAGAAGAGAAACGUAGAGGAAACUUUUUCAGCUCAGUCACCACUGCGCUUGGGAUUAAAGAAGGCGAAGGACUACUUUGGAAGUGGUGAAUCACGGCGAUUGCGUGAAGUUCACUUCAAUCAACCGGGAGAACUGUGUUCCUUACGGAUUGUCUGUGGGGAUAGUUGCUCAUUUCCCAAGGAGAACAAGAGGAAACCUAGCUCAACCCAAAAAUAAAAAGAGAAAAAGUUAAAGGAAAUGGCCAAUUCUGGUUUCCAGCUUCUGGGGUACUUCUUGGCUCUGGGCGGGUGGAUCGGCAUCAUCUCCACCACGGCUCUGCCUCAGUGGAAGCAGUCGUCCUACGCAGGCGACGCCAUCAUCACGGCCGUCGGCCUCUACGAAGGACUGUGGAUGUCCUGUGCCUCCCAGAGCACUGGGCAGGUGCAAUGCAAGGUGUUUGACUCUAUGCUGUCCCUGGAUGUGCAUAUCCAGACGUGCCGGGCGCUGAUGGUGGUGUCCGUACUGAUGGGGUUCAUCUCCAUCAUCGUCAGCGUGGUGGGAAUGAAGUGCACCAAGGUCGGUGACAACAACCCCCUGACCAAGAGCAGGAUCGCCGUAUCAGGAGGGGUGCUUUUCCUGCUCGCCGGGUUGUGCACAUUGGUGUCUGUAUCCUGGUAUGCCACACAAGUCUCCUACCAGUUCUUCAAUCCAAACACACCUGUAAAUGCAAGGUAUGAGUUUGGCUCUGCCCUGUUUGUGGGCUGGGCAGCAGCCAGUCUGACCAUGCUGGGGGGCUCCUUCCUGUGCUGCUCCUGCCCCACAGAGGAGAGGAGGGGGCAACAGUACUACCGCCAGUCCCAGCCCUCUACAGCCAGGGAGGAUGAAUUGUUGAGUGAAACUAGUUUCCCUGACUGACCACCCCCCUGCCUUUUCUCGAAGAUUGUCCAAGUUCCGCUCACUGUUUGCCUUUCCUUGUUCCUUCCUAGAUUCAAAAUUUGGACCCUUAUCACUUCUCUAUAGCACAUAUCGCACCCCCUACAUGUUUGUAUCUUAUCAGCAUCUGAUAACCAAGUUUAAAUUCACACCAAGGCUAUACCCCCACCCCCUUUCGCCUGUCCCACCCCUUGACUUCUGUGUGAAUAUGGACUAUUUAAAGAACAGUGUGAAUAGACACUUUGCAUUGGCUGCUUGGUCUUGACCAUACUCAAUGUUGUGUGAACUACCUGUAUGUACGUCUGUUAUUACACCUCUAUUACCUGUGA